UUUCCGUGUAAUUUACUCUGAAAAGUAUUUCAAUGUACAUCGGGCUUUGGAGGUUAAAGUCGGUUGCUUCUUCUGCUUUACUCGUCGCCGGCCACAUUCUCUCUCUGAAUUUAAUAAAGCGAAUUAGGGUUUAUAAGCUUCACCAUUCCGUUUCAAGCCGACCCUAAAACCCUAAUCCCCAAGUCGGAAGGAAAUGCCAGGGCCACCGCUAGAAAUGGAGCCAGUGGAGCCGCAGUCAUUGAAGAAGCUCAGCCUUAAAUCCCUAAAGCGUGCUCUCGAUCUCUUUAGCCCUAGCCAUGGCCAAUUCGCUGCUCCUGACUCUGAAAGCAAAAAAAUUCGCUUGAGCCACAAGAUAAAUGUUGAGUAUAGUGGAAUAAAAACUGCCCCGGGUCAACCUUUGAAGCAAGUUAAUUCCUGUGUUGCCGAUGAUAAGUGUCGAGUUUCGGCACCUUCGAAUGCCCUUGCUCUUACAGGGCCUGCAGAUUCUUGGGAUUCACAAAAAGAAGGGACUCAAAAUGCUUUAGUUGUUGGUCCAUCUUUGCAACCAAAGACGCAAAACUUUGUUGGUACUUCCGGCAAAGGCACCGCCAUGGUUUCGGCUUCUGCACCCUUUUCUGAAAGGCUAACAACAUCUGCAAUAAUAGAAAGAAUCCCAAGCAAGUGGCCACGUCCUGUAUGGCAUCGUCCUUGGAAGAACUACAGGGUUAUUAGUGGCCAUUUGGGAUGGGUGAGAUCGGUAGCUUUUGAUCCAAGUAACAACUGGUUUUGUACUGGUUCCGCAGACCGUACAAUCAAGAUAUGGGAUGUAGCAAGUGGAAGGCUAAAGCUCACACUAACCGGACACAUUGAACAGAUACGAGGCCUCGCCGUCAGUAGCAAACACACAUAUAUGUUUUCAGCUGGUGAUGAUAAGCAAGUUAAAUGCUGGGACCUUGAACAGAACAAGGUUAUCCGGUCUUAUCAUGGUCACUUAAGUGGUGUUUAUUGCUUGGCUCUUCAUCCUACUAUAGACAUUCUGUUAACGGGGGGACGUGAUUCUGUUUGCCGGGUAUGGGAUAUUCGCAACAAGAUGCAAAUUUUUGCAUUGUCUGGGCAUGAUAACACUGUUUGCUCGGUUUUUACUCGACCAACGGAUCCACAAGUUGUCACUGGCUCCCACGAUACAACGAUAAAAUUCUGGGACAUUAGAUAUGGAAAAACGAUGUCAACUCUAACGCAUCAUAAGAAGUCUGUGCGAGCAAUGGCGCCACAUCCUAAAGAGCAUUCUUUUGCAUCUGCAUCGGCUGACAACAUAAAGAAAUUCAGUCUUCCAAAGGGAGAAUUCUUACACAAUAUGCUCUCUCAGCAAAAGACUAUAAUUAACACCAUGGCUGUUAAUGAGGACGGUGUAAUGGCUACCGGAGGUGACAACGGGAGUUUGUGGUUCUGGGAUUGGAGAAGCGGUCACAACUUCCAGCAAGCUCAUACAAUCGUGCAGCCUGGCUCAUUGGAUAGUGAAGCUGGUAUAUACGCUCUCUCAUACGAUGUAACUGGUACAAGAUUGGUUAGCUGUGAAGCUGACAAGACGAUUAAAAUGUGGAAAGAAGAUGAAACUGCAACCGAACAAACUCAUCCUCUCAACUUCAAACCACCCAAAGAUAUCCGCCGGUUCUAGCCAUGCCUUCAUUUUUGCUCGGUUACCUAUCCCGAGUUUUGUACAAUGCUUUUAAGAUAUGUAAGGUAAAAAAAUUUUGUUGCUUAGUCUGGAUACCAACUAUAACUGAACUGAGCUCAAGCUCGAGUUCGAUUGAGUUUUAUUUUUAAAACUCGAGAUUUAUUUGAGGUAAAAACCAAACUAAUAUUAAAUGAAA